AUGUUAGCACCAAUUAUUACCAAAGAUAUGAAUUUAUUUCCUGUACAACAACGGAAAAUUCAAAAUACUCGAAAACAUGCUCAAAUUAAAAAUGUGACUAGAAAUACAAAAUCUGCUCGCUGUAAUGAUGGAACGAUUACUACGAAAAAAUCUUGCAAUGUAGCAGUACCAAGAGGUCAUGGUAAUUUAUUGAAGAAACCGAUCAGUGAUUUGGUAUCUAUUGUUGAAGGAGUUGAAAUGUGUGAUGCAAUGAUUGAUACUAAAGAAAAAGGUAAUAUUAUACGUGGUUGUUCUGCUUUAACUAAUUCUAAUUCUUCAAUAAUAAUAUUUACGACAAUUUCUGCCAAUCAAACUGCUUCUAACUAUGCUAUAUUUCCGGAUUUCGCGUCACCAUCAACAAGCAAUGAAAAGGCACGGGCAAAGCGAGAGUCAACAGCAGAACAAAAAAAUGAAAUCACGUCAGUAUCUCAAAAUCUCGUCAAAGUGUUUCGUCGUUUUUGCGUCAGAUCAAAGCCAAAAAAUCAAAAGUCUGCCUGUAGUGUAUGUGAUUUGAAUUUGAAGAUUUGA